GUCAUCCCUGCUCCCUCAGGACAUCUUUCCAGCCGCCAUGGAGCUCACCCCAGUCCUCAACACCGAGCUCUCCUGCUUCCCUCGACACCGGUCUCUGCUCUGCUCCCACAGCCGACUCCCUCCCAUGGCGUCCAGCUGAAUUUCCCUUAGGCAGCCGCCGGCCGGACCUCUCUCUACUCAGAGCUCCCUGUCCGUCCUUCCCAGCCAAAGCUCAUCCUCAUGGCGUCUGGCAUUUCUCCCUGUCGCUCCUCCCAUGCCGUGCUCGGACUAAAGCUUCCCUGCGCGCCGACUUCACUGCUCGCGCCGUCGCCCAGCCUGUUGGCGCGCGCUAGCUUCUGCGCGCGUUCUCUGUCCCCAACGCCGCUCUCUUCCCCCAGCGCCGCGCUCUGCUCGUGGAGCUCCUCCUCUGUCCGGUCACCCUCGUCCUAGCUCGGCGCUGCCUGCUAGCCGCAAGCAACCGAGGUCUCUCCCUGCGCGCGCCGCACCCAGUUGCCUGCGCACGCGUCGCUGUCAAGUUCCGAGCGCCUGGAUUUCUUCCCCCUGCGCUCGGUCACGGUCAACGCGAGUCGUGAAAUUUUUGCUUGGUUCUUUCUGCCGCGCCCCUGGCUCCUCUGUUGGCGCGUGGCCGUCUCCUGCUCCCUGCGCGACUGCCGCUACUCCCUGACUUGCCGUGGUGCCCGUCGCCCUGCGCGCGCUCUGUUUCCUCGCGUGGCUUCAUGCUCGCCUGGCCGCGCCCUGCUUCCAUGACCGCCGUCGAAGCUUCCCUGCUGCACCGUCGAGCCUUCGCUUGCCAUGGCCACUGUAACUCAGCUCGGCCGACCGCGCUGCUCCCUGCGUGCCCAGCCUCAAGUUCCUGUGCGCGUGCUCCACUGUUCCCUGGGCGAGUUCCUCGCUACUACGGUUGUCUGGUGUUUGCCCGUGCCGAUCCGCAUUCGCUCAUAUCGCCAUCGUCGUGUUGUCGCUGGUGAUAGCCUCACGUGCGCGACACACUCCCGCCCCAAAGCAAACCCCAUGUUGCUGUGUCCCUGUUUCAAUUUGCCAUGCUGCACCGUCAUCGCUUGGUCGCGCCGUGCUGUUUCCCUAUACGCGUCGAGUCCUUUUUCCUGCUCGCCGCGAUGCCCGGUGUCCUGCCUGCUUUGCUCACCCGCGUCGGCUACUCGCUAGUGCUCCAACUUGUCAGUUGUCGUUAUCCUAUUCGCGUCAAUACGCGACCGUGGUUGUGUUCGUCGAGUUCGCCAACACUUUGUUGCCGAUUCGACUGUCGUCGCUGUUGUGUGCCUCGCUGCAUGCUCGCCGAGUGUUGACGGUUGUACCUCAGCACUCGUGCUUGCCGCUGGCUCGCGUUAACGCUCGCGCGUCUACUCGUUGUCACUGCAUCGCACUCACUCUUUGUCCAUCGGGCUUCACGCGUGCUCGCGUUUGUCGUCGAGCUGUUGAACCCGUCCUCCCUUGCUCGUGACUUCGUCGUCACUAGAGCCCUCACUAGGUUCGUGUCCUCGCCAGCUCGCUCCGUAUUCGAUCUCGUCAUCGUUCCGCGCAUCAGCAAGAAAUCUCAAGAGUCGGGUGAAGACGGAGCCAACAGCGUGGUGUUCACCAAGUGCGCGACAAAAAACUCAGACAUCCUGCGUGACUCAAGUUCGGUUCGUCAAAAUUAUUCAGUCGAGGAAAAGAUCUGCAGCAAUUGAUUACCGAAGAAAAGAAGGCCCCUGGAUGACGUCAACCGAAAACCGUCGUCGUGCCUGCGACUAUCGCGUCGAAUUAGUCAGGGUAAGUAAAUUUGUUACUCGUGUUAGUGGAUUGGUGGAUGGUUUGACUAGGUUUAAUAUUUAUUGAUUGUCUGAGUCGUUUUAGUAAUUUGGUCGAUGUCGUAGGAUGAAAAAGAUCUCAAUAGGUCUCAGUGUUUACGGGAUUAUAGGUGUUAAAAAUGGAAAAUUAUAUUAAUAUAUAUAUGAUACACAGGUUAAUCGGUAAAUUAAGUCAUUAAGAUACACAGUUAAAGAGUAAAUAAAAAGCUAGGAAUAAA